AUGAGUUUGAGUAAAGCACAAGUGAACAUCUUUGGAACCUCGCCGAAUGAUAUCGACAGUGCUGAAGAUCGCUUCAAGUUCAGCCGUAAACUAGAAAGCCUUCAAAUAGCUCAACCAUUAUGGAAGAAAAGUGACAACAUUGAGGAUGCGAAGCAAUUCUGUGCUAAAAUUGGCUAUCCCUGCCUUAUCCGACCAUCAUAUGUGCUAUCUGGAGCAGCUAUGAAUGUGGCCCAUAAUGAGGAUGACUUAGCGGCAUUCUUGAAACAGGCUACAGUGGUCGCAAAAGAACAUCCUGUGGUGGUGUCGAAGUUUAUCAGCGAAGCCAAGGAGAUCGAUGUUGAUGCAGUAGCUAAAGACGGAGAAGUGCUGGUGAUGGCCGUAAGUGAACAUGUAGAGAACGCUGGAAUCCACUCAGGAGACGCCACACUUGUCACGCCCCCUCAGGAUUUGAAUCAGGUUACCUUGGAUCGAAUUAUGGAUAUCACCUAUCGAAUUGCCAGCGCUUUCAACGAUAACGAACUAAAAGUCAUUGAAUGUAACUUGCGAGUCUCGCGUUCAUUUCCGUUCGUUUCAAAAACCCUCGACUUUGAUUUUGUCGCUUUGGCUACUCGAGCAAUGAUGGCAGUAGAUAAUCCCGCAAUUGGUACCUCGUUGAAGAAGCAUGCCCUCUUGAGAGGGAAAGGACGAGUUGGUGUAAAGGCCCCACAAUUCUCUUUUUCAAGACUUGCUGGUGCUGAUGUGAUGUUAGGUGUGGAGAUGGCAUCGACCGGGGAGGUUGGAUGCUUUGGUAGUAAUCGCCAAGAAGCAUAUCUCAAGGCUCUGCUCUCCACUGGGUUUAUUGUACCCAAAAAGAACAUCUUUUUGUCGAUAGGUGGAUAUCAUGCUAAAUCUGAAAUGCUGAGGAGUGUUCAAAUCCUACAAAAGCUUGGCUUUGAGCUUUAUGGAUCAAAGGGAACAGCUGACUACUUCCAGUCCAAUAAUAUUGAUGUUAAAGCUGUUGAUUGGCCUUUUGAGGAAGGUUCGACUGACGAGAAAACGGCAGCGGGAACAAGAUCAGUCUCAGAAUUCUUUGAGAACAAGGAGUUUCAUCUUGUGAUUAACCUUCCAAUUCGUGGAUCUGGCGCUUACCGUGUUUCAGCCUUUAGAACCCACGGAUAUAAGACUAGAAGAAUGGCCAUAGACAAUGGGAUACCGUUAAUCACUGACAUUAAAUGUGCAAAACUGUUUAUUGAGGAAGACUGGUACUCGUGUACCCGAGCAGCUUUAGCCGGAGGAGUGACGCAGAUUCUAGCCAUGCCCAAUACAAACCCUCCCUUAAUUGACCUAGAGAGUUACCAGAUGACAGAGAAGCUAGCAGCCAAGCAGGCAGUUGUAGACUAUGCCCUCUACGUUGGAGCCACCCCAAAGAAUGCUCGCAUAGCGGCAGAUAUGGCUGGAAUGGUGGCCGGGCUAAAAUUAUUCCUCAAUCAGACAUUUUCGACUCUACAGAUGGAUUCGAUGUCUGACUGGAUAAAGCACUUUGAGUCAUUCCCAACCUCUAGACCAAUAGUUUGUCAUGCUGAAAGGCAAACCUUAGCAGCAGUACUUUGUGUGGCGCAGAUGACUGGGAGAGCAGGUAAAAGAGCUAUUUCUAUUCUGUUGGUUCGCCCAAGACUAGCAACGGCUGCUGAUAGAAGUGCCCUAUGGGACAAUCUUGAAUAUAUUGACUGUUUCGCUACAGAUCAUGCUCCACAUACUUGGUCGGAAAAGACUGAAUCCGAAAAAGUGCCACCUGGCUUCCCAGGAGUUGAGUACUUGUUACCACUUAUGCUGACAGCAGUGUCGCAGGGAAAGCUUACUAUGAGGUGCGGUAGCUUUCGUCAUCAGUAAUC